CCUUGGAAUCUCAGCCACAGAGAUCAAGAAAAAGACACAAGGGGCAAGACCUGAGGCAGCUGGAAAGCACCAAAAGAGAAUCUCUUGGGUGAGAAAAGGUGCUGAGGAGGAAACCAAAGCAGGGCUCUCCGUGUCCUCACUUGGAAAGCAUCUGCCACUGAAAGACUUCACAACAAGGCUAUAUAGAAGGGGACGAGCAGGUGAGAAGAUGUUCCCCCUUCCACGUUAUGAUCUUCACAGAGAGAAGAAAAUGCAGGCCCAGACUAUUGUGAGGGAGCGCACUGGAGAGAAUGUCCCGGAGCUAGACUUGGGUAAGAAGGUUAGCAUUCCUCAGGACUUGAUGAUGGAAGAGCUGUCCCUACCAAUAAACAGGGGUUCCAGGCUUUACCAGCAGAGGCAGAAGAGGGUGCAGCGGUUUGAGUUGGAAUAUCCUGCAAGUUACAGAAUCGCCUCAAACAGAACAGCAGUGGGUGGAUUACGUCCAAUCUAUGAGGCAGAUGGAACAACAGAAGGGCAGAUGCCUCUUCAUAACACAGAAGGGAAGGAGAAUUAUCCAACAGAGCUUCAUGUGGCAUCCUCAGGAAAAGGGGCACCCCCCAGAGUACCUAAGAAGACAGAAAAAGUUUUAAAGAUGAGCAAAGCUUUGAAUCCUGAUAGCCUUGCUCCAGGCUAUUCUGGACCUCUAAAGGAAGUGCCUCCUGAGAAGUUCAACAGCACAAUCAUCCCCAAAGCCUACCAGUCUCCUUGGCGGGAGUUCCUUAGCAGUGAGGAUUACCAUGUUGACAGUGAGACCCGCUUGCCUGAGCCUCCCAAAAAAGUGACUACUGUUGACCUUAGGAGCUUCAAUAGGACUCCAACCCCAUUUGGUGGACUAUUACUGAAUGAUGUAUACCCUGUACCUGGAUUUGAGAUUAAUGAAGUUCAGACAGACCCCAUGAGCGGCUUGGAGCUUAUGCUGAAUAGACCCAGCUUUAACAGAGCACCACAAGGCUGGGUACAAGUCAUACCAGAAUCAGAGGAACUGUAACUCGCAUGCUACUAGCCACUAAUAAUUUGCCUUCCUAAAGUCAAUCCAUGCUAGUCUUCCAGUUUACUGAUACAGAACCAAUAGACAGUUUCUUGAGCAUAGAAUAGUUAUCAUACGGCUUGCCAUUACAUGAACUCUCAAGCAAGCUCCCCUCUAAGGCCUCCUUAUACUCUUCUAAUGUGGACUGCAGCAUACCCACCUUUUCACACACAAAUUUGUCAUGUGUUUGAUAAAAUAUCCUACAGUAAAGCAAGACCAGCUAUCAAGCCUAGAACAGCAAGAAGUCAGUCAGACUGAAUUAUUUCUACAGUUGCUUUAAAGAAAAGGAAUCAUGACAUUUAAGAAUUGUUCAACAACUUAUUCCCCUCAGAGAAAUAUGAAGCUACUGCAUGUUCAAAGAAAUUAUGCUUUAGCUUCGUUUGCAAAGCAAAACCAGGUUGAGACAGACAUAUUAGGUGUCUAAAUCCAGAAUUUACUGACAGAUAAAUCAAACUUACCUGCUUUAUUCAUUCGUCAUUAGCAGUUUUUUUUACUGUAACAUCUAAGUAAAACUCAUUAAGGUUUUAUAGAUAUCU